UCAUCGUGAAGAGGCGUCUGGAGGGAAGGUCUUAUAAAUCAUGGCUGCAUAUCUGUAAGCUUCAUCUGCUCACCCUCUUGCUUCUGUUUUGGGACGUUGAAGCGAAGCUGCGAUGGGAAAGCAGAGGAGGCAACUGACAGCACAGCAAGAUGCCCUGAAGCACAUACUUGCUUGUAGAGACAAAAAAUCAUUGGAAGAAAGGUUUAUAGAUUCAUUUAAAGGAAGAGGAUUGUUUGCACGCAAGACCAUUGAACCAUCCACAUUUGUUGUUGAAUACCGAGGAAACAUCUCUCAUAACGCCACAACGACUACAGAUAAAUGUGGAUAUACCUUGAACAAGUAUUUAUUUGAGUUUUUAUGGGACGGAGUGCAGUGGUGCGUUGACGCCUCAAGAGAGGACGGGACCCUUGGACGACUCGUGAAUGAUGAUAACAUAAGUCCCAACUGUGAAAUGAAGACAAUCGUCUAUGAGGGUAAACCCCACUUGUGCUUGUUUGCAGCAACACAAAUAUCUCCAGGUGAGGAGAUCACCUUCAACUACGGAGACUCCUCUUACCCGUGGCGCUCAGGGGCGUCCUUGGAUGGAUCUAGUAGUUCAAACUCAGACGCUCAUGCUAAUUCAUCAGCACCAAGGACUUCUAAGCAUGCUGAUGAAGACCCAAUUACUGCUGAAGCCUUUUCACUACCCGAGACCACCGAGGAACAUAAAAGAAGAAGAGAAAUUACAAAUAUAAUCACCGGAGUUGAUAGCAGCGACGAGAAGGUACACAGUGAGGAACUGAAUGAAUCACAAGGAGAUCUAAAUGCUGCCGUGUCUUCCCCAGAGCAUGAAAGUGUUGAUGAUGAAGACUACGAACCUCCCUCGAGCGAGAGCAACAGGCCGAGCCUUGAGCCACAAUCCAUCGACGGCUCGUGCACCCGGCAGGAGGAGUCUGACCAAAGCUCUGAAGAAGAGGCCAAAGACGCCCCCCUCACCAACAAAAACUACUGUUACAUAUGCGGGGUGGCUCAGUCUAAGAUUUCCCGUCACCUUUUAACCCAUAAAAAGGAAGAGCCUGAUCUAGCUGCGUUGCGAAAGCUCCGCAAGAACUCGAAAGAGCGUAAAGAUAUGCUGGAGAUCUUACGAAUCCGGGGAAAUAACCUGCACAAUCAAGAGGUUUUGAAGACGGGCUGCGGAGAACUGAAAGUGGAAAAGAAAUGCUCAAAAAACUUUGACCCUGUGAAAAUGUUUGCAUCCUGUUUAUUUUGUGAAAAACUGUACAGUCGUAGGGAGAUGUGCCGACACAUGCAAAAGUGUCCUGCAAAGAUGCUCUACGGACAUCAAUCAGUGAAUAUUAAACGCUUAAACUUUACGGAGGAGUCAGCAGACAUCCUAAAGCUCUCACCAGGAGUGAGCAAGAUGCUGAGCACACUGAAGAAAGAUGAGCUUCUAGCCGAGGUCUUGAAUGAUUCCUUAUUAAUGCAGCUGGCAGAGUUUUGGUACCCAAGGAUAGAAAGCCACGCAAGCCGAUUGGAGCACCUCAAGAACAAGCUGAAGCAGAUGGGCCGUCUCCUUCUGCUCUUAAAGGAGAAGUCGAUAUGUAGCUUCGAAGACGCUGUGAAAUCCGAAAACUUCAGCAAACUUGUCGAGGCCGUGAGAGCGAUCACGGGCUACAGCGAGGAGACAAAGUCCUACAAGAGGCCGAGCCUCCUGAAGCGUUUGGAGAAUUCGCUCAAGAAAAUUGGCAAAAUCAACCUUGCCAUAGCUUGGAAACGGAACUCUAGCGCCGAGGCAAUCCACGACGCCGAGGCGUUCACAAUGCUGUGCAAGAAAGAAUGGAACUAUAUCCAUCGGGCAAUCGCAAAAGACAAAACGGCCACUUUACCGCUCAUCCGCGACGCGCAGCUUUACUGUCGGUAUAUGGAGAAUACGGCGGCCUCUGCAGUGCAGAGCCUGACGCUGUACGAGAGCUCCCCCGUCUACACUGCGCUCCUCAGGGUGACUGCUGCGCAAGUGUCCGUCUUAAAUAAAAACAUCGCCCAGGUUUCACAAGCAACGCUCCAGUCGUUCAAGGACUGGGUCGCGGGGGGGCGGGACGAGGCAGAGGCCAGCGCGGCUGCUGUCGUCGUCCAGUCCCAGUUUGAGCAAGUCCUGUCCAAGACCACUAUGAGGAUCAAAGUGAGGAACGGCCAAGGUCAAAAGGUUUCCGUUACGUUGACCCCUAAACUCCUUGCUGCCAUAAUGCUGCUUGUGGAUAAGAGAGAAGCAUGCGGCGUGCAUGAAAACAACCCCUUCUUAUUUGGGGUCCCGAAUGCCCCCCCCGCCAGCUUCUCCCACGGCCAGCAGUGCAACCUCACUUUCGCAGUUCGUUGUGGGGCGAAGAACCGGGCCGUCCUGCGGUCGCCGUUAUUCCACAAGCACGUGGCAAGAGUAUUCCAGAUACUCGGCCUGGCGAGUGACGAGCUCCAUCAGCUGGGCGGGCUGUUGGGGCGGGACGUCCCGACCGACAGCGAGUAUUAUCAAACGCCCGAGGCAGCUGGUGACAUCGCAAAACUUUUGGAGCUGCUGUCGGCGCUGGAAAACGGAUCUCUCAAAAGAUUCGAGGGGAAAUCUCUCGAGGAAAUUGAGGUUCCCGAUGAAUUUGAGCCAGAUGUUGAGCAGCACAACCCUGAAAACAGUGACGCUGAGGAGGAUGGUGAGGAAUCAAAAAGUUCUUCUCUGAGCGGUUCUCCCUUGGCAAAAAGCUCUUCCUCAGGACCCAAAAGAAACUUCAGAAGGUCUUCAUUAAGGAAACGCGGCCCAGGCCGGAGAAAGAGGCAGGCAAGUGAGACCGACGCAUCCGAGCUCGACGAUGAGGAAAAUGAAGACCUGAACACGGACGACGGCCCAGAGGAGAGACCUCAGAGAAUGGUGACCCGGGGCAAAAAGAACGCUACGAAAAUUUCCUUCAGUAAUGAUGACGUCAGCAUGAAUGUGGACUCUGACAUGAAUGUGGACACUGACAUGAAUGUGGACACUGACAUGAAUGUGGACUCUGACAUGAAUGUGGACUCUGACAUGAAUGUGGACACUGACAUGGACACGGAUGAGGAGGUUGUCAGGGACCGGGAACAUGGGGACAAUGGCGAAACAAGCGGCUCACCAGCAACGCCUUUAAAACCUGAUGUGACAGAGCAGGACAACGACACUGGUGAUUCUAACGUGGAGGAGGACGACGACUCACCCAACAAACCCCCCACUGGUCCAGACCUAGAAGAGACCAUGGACAUCAACACAGCCAACAAUGUGGAGAAGGAAGAUCAAAAGAAAGGAGGAAAGAGGAUCAAAUUAUCAGCUGCAGUGACCAGAAUGAAACAAUUGAAGAUUUUAAUCCCGAAACUGGACAUUGUAAAGUUGGAGACUCCAGUCCAAAUUUACCAGUUGCCGGUGAAACAACAGUCCAUCGGAUACAACAGAACUCUGUGCGAAACAUCCUCAAUAGCCACACACGUCCAAGUCAAGCCUCACGAUGCAAAGGCGACUAAGAUGAGCUGCUCCCACUGCAAGAAGACCUUGAUGAAGGGUCACAUGGCUUACCAGAAGAAGGGAUUCACGGAUGUUUUCUGCUCCAAAAAAUGCCUUUUUAAAAUGUUUCCCAUCAACAAGCCAGUCACCAAGAUGUGCCAUCAGUGUCUCAAAGCGAUAUCGCAGCCUCUGGACCUCAUCUUGGCUGCAGUGGACAAUGUGGGGACCAUGAAGGACUUCUGCAGUCCGACCUGUCUGCUGUUCUUUAAGUCUGUCUCCGUUUCCGGCGAAAAGCCACGACGCUUCUGCAGCAUGUGCAACAAAGUCUGCACUAGCACGUGCCAGGUGACUCUGAACGAGGCGUCCCACUCCUUUUGCAGCGACUCUUGCUUUGGGGAUUUCUGCAAGGGAAACAUUGCCGCCUGUGAACACUGCGGCACCACCUUCUGCCACAAACCGCUGAAACUAAAGCUGGAGGACAAGGCCAAAACCGUCUGCAGUCAGAAAUGUCUGGACCAGUUAAAAGAGAAUAUCAAGACGCCCCACCAGUGCACCAUGUGCAAAACAUCACUGGCCGUUUCAGACAUGUUGGAUUUCAAAAGCAGCGGGAACGUGGUGGAGCUCUUCUGCACCCAGACAUGUGUGAUGUCAUACAGGCUGCAGCCCGAAGGUAUCCAGGACUUUCAAGCAGGGAGUGACCACCUAGAUCUGCCAGAGAAGAAAAAAGCCACACCGACGAUUCAAACAAUCGCUGUUGAGAAGAUAAAGAGGGAGAGCACAGCCCCGGCUGCACCCGCUGAGUGGGAUGCCGAGCCGAUGCCCAUCUUAGCCGCCUGCUGCAACUGUGGGAAGAAAGUGCCGAGAGGAGAGACCCUUCACCAGACGAAGAGCACACUGGAGGUCUUCUGCUCUGCCAAGUGCCUCUCAGAGAAGCAUCCCAACACCACGUCGGUCACCACAACCUGCUACAACUGCUUCCAGGAGAUCAUACGGCCGCAAAGCAUGAUCCUGGCUCCGGUGGAUGGUUCGGGCACUAUGAAGGAACUGUGCAGCCCCACCUGCCUCGCUUCUGUCAACUCCAGGAGGAACGCCGCUGCCUCCAAACGUCCUCCUCUGGCGCCGGGAUUCCGUUCCGAGUGCCGGAUGUGCAACAAAUUUUGCUUUUGCAAAUUCAAACACACCCUUGACGGACUACCCCUGAAGAUCUGCAGUGAUGCUUGCUACGUCUACUACCACCGGAUCAACAACGUGCCGCUGUCCACCUGUGACGUCUGCCGCUCCCUCGGCCGGGCCGCCUUCACACUGAAGCCGGAGGACGGCAGCAAAGCCAUCUGCAGCCAAGAAUGUCUGGUCAAGUUCAAGGAGAAAAUUGAAUUGCUUCGUCUGUGCCCCAUGUGCCAGAAGCCACAUCAGCUGUCGGACAUGGUUGAGAAUAAAAACAAUGAGGGCAUGUUGGACUUCUUCUGUAGCAACAGAUGCAUGCUGGUACACAACGCUCAGUCUUCCACUGUUCCAGAAAGUAGCGACCCAUCACCUGAAGGGAAUGACAUUAAAGAAGUGAAGCCCUCACUAACGGAUUUGGAUUUUAUAAAAGAAGAGCCCAUUGACGAGGAGUACAACCCGAAUCUCCCAUACUCGAUCUGCACAGAAGACAUCAAAGACGAGAGGAAGGCAGGGGAUGAUGUGACAAAGGAACAGCACUUGAACAAGAUGUACAGCACCAUGGACCACUUGUCCAUCUGUGAGAACUGCUACUCCGGCUGCAGCGCGCCUCUCAUCCUCAAGAUGGACGACAGCAGCAAAAAGCUCUGCGAUGCACAGUGUCUGGCCCAAUUCAGACAGAAAACAAAAACACUGCAGCAGUGUGCCAUGUGCCGCGCCUCCCAUUUGAUGAUGGAUAUGAUUGAGAACAAAGACAGCGAGGGCGCCACGGAGCUCUUCUGCACCAGCUGUGUGAUGGUAUCCAAGAUCCAGGCUGUCAAUGCGUCAGGUGCUCCUUUUGAUUGUGACCAAUGUGGUAAAACAACAUUACCAGCCUGCCACCUCGCCAUGCCAGAUGCCUCCAUCAGAAACUUUUGCACUCUAACCUGUGCCAUGUCUUUUAAGGAGAACCAGCGAGACAAGAAUGCAUCCAACAACUCAACAGGAUCCGCUGACCGAACCCAAUGUGACUUCCUCAAACCGCCUGAGGAGCUGCCCUGCAGCCAGUGUCAGCGCGUUAUCACAACUACACCCAAAGUCAUCCAGAAAAAGGGCAAAAUUAACUUUGUGUGUAGCCUGACCUGUUCAGAAAAGUUUAAAACAGCCAACAACAUCAUCGGCCAGUGUGAAUUUUGCAAGAAUGAAACAAUCAUCAGAGACAUCAAGAAGGUUGAAGGCAAAGCCUGCUACUUCUGCAGUGAGGGCUGCCAAACGCUGUUUCAACACCAGCUGGAAAGCCAGUGGGGGAAGCACUGCGGCUCGUGUGCUUACUGCUUCUCCGUCUCUAGGAGGCGGCUGACGGCACAGCACCAAGGCACAGACGAGGACUUCUGCUCCGAAGACUGCAUUACAAAUCACAAUAUGCUCCUCUCCUGUGCUGCACCGUGUGACACCUGUGGGCGCAGUGGUGAACUGAGGCAGAGUCUUCCCCUGCUGGGAGAGAUCAAACACUUCUGUGACCUGAGAUGUCUCCUCCAUUUCUGCAAUAAAACGGUCCAGAUGGUUAACACCAUUUUUUCUCCUGGAUCUUCAGGGACAGUUGAGUUCCAACCCGUCAUCACUGACGUCAUCUCGCUUGCCAGCGCCACACAGCACGUCCCUGUCCCUGGGGUUCACACAAAGGGCAUUGGACAUGCCGCUGUUCAGACCGUCCCCCGGGAGCUGAAGAACAAAUCUGUGCUCUGCACACCGUUGGUCCACAACAAAGGAGUCUCCUGUACCACACGGACCGUCGACACAGAGUCACAGACGGACAACUGUGUUCCUAAAGUCGUAGUCCUGCCGGUCCCAGUUCCGGUGUACGUUCCUCUGCCUAUGAACAUGAACAGCCAGUACACACCGAAGCCCCUGUGUCUGCCCCUACUGCUGCCCGUGCCCGUGUUUCUUCCCGACCCAACGGCGAGAUCAGCGAAGGAGGAGAUGCAGCCGGAGGGAGAGCUCAACUUCGAGGCUGAGAUGACAGAAGUGCAAGACGAGAGGAACGAGAGAGAGGAUCGCGUGGGGACAAGAAAGAGACGAAGACAAGAGAUCCAUGAUCCAUGAUCCAUCAGCUCUGAGUUGAUGAGGCAGCGCACCAAAUUGUUCUACCUGCAGCCGGAGCAAAGUUGUGUUCCCAGGAGGCCCCGUGGUUCUCCUCCACCUCUCUGGACGACAAGAUCAAGGCUGUCAGAGAGCCU